GGCCUGUGCAUAAAGGGCCUGUGUGACUGUGCGAAUUUCAUGUUAAACGUUUACGGUUAACCUAUUAACCUAAAGGUACUUGUUACUUUGGUUCAUACUUCAUUCUAAACUUUUAUACUUGAAUUCUUUGUUGUGUACGAGUUCAACAAAUUAAAAGAAUUAUGCUCAACAUCGUCAGAUCUGGUCGCUUUUUCAGUAGUAAAUCAGCUGCUAUUACAAAAAUUCAUCGUAACAUUUAUCCACAACACUACCUUACCAAAAUAAUUCAACCAGAUGGUUCAAGUUUUACCAUCAGAUUCAAUGAUCCUCGAAUGAUUAUUAGAUUACCUUUAGAUAUGAACUUAAUUACUGAAGAAGAGCGCAAACGCAGAAUUGAAGCAAGAAGGCCAAAACAAAAGGUCAAAAUAGUAGAGGAAUUAGAUGAUUCAUUUGACAGGACUAAGUAUCUUAAGUAUUUUAAAAAGUAACAUUGAUUAUAUCGUAAUACGCAAAGUAUAAAAUUUAUACGAUUAAUUAAUGAAAGAAAAUUAGAUUUAGGAUGUUUAUAAAUUGUUAUAUAAUAUGAAAAAUGAAAUAAAAUACUAUUUAAAAUGUA